AUGAUCAAGUCGUUAUUUCUUCUCAACCUUUUAUUCCUCGCCAUCUUCGCCUAUCCCCCUCCACCGUACGAGCCGUUGGGUGGCCAAUUCUCAUUGCCUGGGGAUGUGGCCACUCCCUACGGACAAGGGUUUGGCGGCGCCAUUGGGCAGGAGAAUGUGGACCGACAGAUCGGACAGUCGAACGUGGACUCGAUUUUCGGCUCGGCUCUGGGCAGCGGCGAUGUUGAUGGGCUGAAUUCGGGCCAAGCUAGUCUGGGAGGUCUCCCGAAUGGCCAGGAACGAUUGGAGAGAGUGUCGCCGAGGAAUGAAAGGCCAAUUGGCGGAUUUGGGGGACCCAAUGGUCAAUUCGGUCAGAAUGGACAAAUUGGAGGGCAGAAUGGAGGAAUCGGUGGGCAAGGACAAAUUGGUGGAGGCCUAGGCUACCCGCAACAGCCGUUCGGAGGACUGAGACCCGUCGGUAAGAUCACAUACAUCUUCAACAAUUAUUUCUGUACGUAAUCGCAAGGUUUUUGAGUUUCCGAGUUCUUUGUUUGUGGCUUGGAAACCUCAGAAGUUUCUGAAUAAUUCAAGCCAAAUUUUUUUGUAUAUCUGGGAAACGCAUGACAAAAUUAAAAAUACAAUAGGAAAAGCCACCAAGAUUCUAUAAAAAAUGUCACCUUUUUUGCGAGCUUGGGACCUGAAAACCUCAGUUGUUUCUGCAGAAUCCAAAGGCCGCAUUUAGAAUACCUUUACCGCAAGGUUCAGCGGCGUUCAAAAAUAUAGAAAUCAUAGCUUAUAUACCUUAUAAAAAAUUGUUCAUUUCAGACCAAGUUGACCCGUUGGCCGUCGACGAACUCUCCGCGCCCAUUGUCCCCAUCACCAAUGGAAGGUUUGGAACCGGCCUCAACAAUGGCUAUGGCGGUGGACUUGGAGGAUACGGCACAUUGAACGGCUACAACGCCGGCCUCGGCGGCUACGGCGCCUAUGGAAAUCCGUAUGGCCAAGGGCUGAGCAGACAGAUCGGAUAUGGCCAAGGACUGGUUUAG